AUGCCUUUGAGCAGCAGAAUCACCGAGCUCGGCCUGAGCAUCCCAACAUCUUCCAAACCUCUGGCCGUAUACGUCCCCGCGGUGCGCCUCCCGACGACCCCCGAACAGAUCGUCGUGUCCGGGCAGGUCCCGCUCGUGGACGGCGCCCCGCUCGCCACCGGACGGGUCCCCAACGAGGUCUCGAUCGAGCUCGCCCAGGAGUGCGCCCGCCGGUGCGUCCUGAACGCCCUGGCCGCGGUCGCUGGCGUGGUGGACGGCGAUCUGGACCGCAUCGACCGCGUCGUCCGGCUGGGUUGCUUCGUCGCGUGCGACGCCUCGUUCACCGAACACCCGAAGGUCGCCAACGGCGCGAGCGAACUGCUGCACGAGCUGCUGGGCGAGAAGGGCCGGCACGCGCGCGCGGCCGUCGGGGUGCCGUCGCUCCCGCUCGGCGUCCCGGUGGAGAUCGAGUUCCAGUUCCUGCUCCGUCCCUGA